AUGUUAAGCACGUUUAGAUACGCGAACUGUGACGAGAACAGUAGCGUAGAGGGUGCGGUGGGGUACGACGUGCGCGCCACGUCGAUAUCAUCGUCCACCGGUGCCGUCCAGGAGAACAUUUACGAACCGAUUUGUCCCGAACCCGACGCCAACAGCCGACAAGAGGAGAACAUUUACGAGACUAUUGAGGAAGUACGACAACAGCAAGAAAAUUUACGCUUACAACAGCCAUCAACUUCAACCGCGCCCGACCUAAUCGAUCCAAUUUACGAUCCGAACUUGCCCAGUUGCAGCUCGAGCACUUACGGUCGAAUCGGCAACGCGUACGGUCGCAUUGACAUAAUCGGCCACGGGAUCGGACGUAUCGAGCGCCACCUAUCCUCGUCUUGCGGCAGUAUCAACAGCAACCACUACGCCAUCGAGAGCCUUUACGGCACCUCGGAUCAUACCGGGCGAAUCAGUAAAGUUUCGGUACAGUGGUUGCUGGCCAACAAGUGGCUCCCUUUAUGGAUCGCCAAUACGGAAUCGGGCAAGGAUUAUCGGAUAAUCGAUUUUCUCAUAGCCCAGGGAUUGGAACAGAUGGAGGAAAUCGAGAGGGAGAACGAACAUCAGGCCCGUGCGGCUAGAGAGGAGAAAUCUCCUUCCGGUGGGACUCUUCCCGAUCAAACUCCUCCUUAAUUAACAAAAAUAAAAAGUGUUUAAGUUUUUUUAUCUAUUGCUAGCAAUAAGAACUAAUAAGAAUUGAUUAUAGUUGAGGCCCGCCUUUCCAAAACGUGCUAGAAGAAACAAAAAACUAUUUUCUAUAGAGCUGUCCCUUUUUAACGCACUUUUAUCUAUUGUAUCUAUGUAUGUAUAUAACGGAAUCUUUGAGCCUAAUUUUUACUGGUUUCUAUCUUUGGCCUACUGUAAAUUUCCAAAGGGAAGGAAGAAAUAGGGUCGAUAAUUUUAGCUUUUUAUUUCUUUAUGCUUCGAACAGUUUUCGAAAAUUCUCUUCUUUCUUGCUUGUUCAUAUUUCUUGAUAGGACUUUUCUCCUAAGAUUUGUACACGUAAUCUCGAGAAUAUUUUUAUAAAUCGAACCUCAAAACCCCUUGGUAACAUAAGAAAUUGGUGGAAAGUAUGUUGCCGUCGUAAUCACCAUGACGGCGACGUUUUAUUAGCUGUGAACAAACGAAUCUUUGAAGAUAAGCUUGCUGCUUUUCGUAAUUACCCAAUUCAUUAAACUUUUGAAAUAUACUUCUCCUGGAUUCAAAUUUUAAACAGGAACAAGUCAGUCGAUACUCUUACUUCAUUUGUAACAAAUUAUUUACAAUAUUACAUCUAAUAAUUAAAGACAUCUUACCUUAGAUGGUAAACUGCUUGCGCUAAAAAUGUAUUCCUUUUCACUAUUUCUUUUUUAUCUUGUUUCUGUUUUUGAUCCUCUUUUGAGGACCCACUUGUUUGGCAACAUUUUUGAAAGGCAGGCCUCAAAUAGUAAAGCAAAAGCUUAAAUAAGCGUGUGUUACUCGAAAUAUUCUCUACUGUACGAAGUGUUAUGAUGGUUGUAUUUUUAUAUUAUACAAAAAUUAUACGUGUAGCACUAAAUGUUAAGUAACUACCUACUCAUUGUGAUUGCAAUAUUAUCGUCUGUUUCUGCUUUCUUCACGUAAUAUAAGAGUAUUAUUUUUAUAGGUUAAUGUACACACACACAGAAUCGAAAGUAGGAAAAUUGUGACGGUUAACUUAUAAUAGUUUAGUUUUCUUUCUACCCCGAAUAUAUACAGUAAAUUAA